AUGCCCAGACUAGAGCGCAAUAUGAAUUUCACCUCUCCAAACUCUGUGUUGUGGAUCCACCAUGAGUUUGAGGGAGGGCUGCCGUACCACCCGCUGCAGGUGGUGGCGAUAGCCGUCUUCGCCGCGCUGGGCUUCGCCUUCUACGUCUUCUUCCUGCCCUUCGUCGGCAGCCAGACCUCCCAGUACGUCGCCAUGGGCCUCUACACCCCGCUGAUUACGUGCGUCGUCACGCUCUACAUUUGGUGCGCCGCCACGAACCCCGGCGACCCCGGCAUCUGCAAGUCGGCCAAGCUGCACUCGAGGAUGGACAAGGACGGGCGGCAGUCCCACUCCCACAUGGAUUCGGACCACGGCCUGAAUGCCGCUGACAACAGCGAGAAGCUGAGCAGCAUGCUCGAGAGGAAGGACUCGCCUUCUUGGCCCAGAUGCUCUCAACUGCUCUGCUUAGUCUGCUUGCCCUUUUCCUGCCUCUGCAAAAGAUGCCUCCGUUCAGAUGACCGGCAUUCUGAAGAGAACAUGAGUGAGGAGGGCAUGUUCUUCUGCAGCUUAUGCGAAGCAGAGGUUUUGAAGAACAGUAAGCAUUGCAGAGUGUGCGACAAGUGUGUUGAUGGCUUUGAUCACCAUUGCAGAGUAAGAUACAUUUUCAAUGUCCUCUGCCCUGUUAUUCAUAUCCCUGCUUCCUUUCAAGAAUGCGACGUUCCUAUUUUCCCUGAUGUUCUUGCUCUCUCACAGUGGCUCAACAAUUGCGUUGGGAAAAGGAACUACAAAGGGUUCUUCAUUCUAAUGACUUCUGCUGUUCUCCUGCUUGUAGUGCAGUGGUUGUCAGGAACCCUUGUGAUAAUUCUCUGCAUUGUGAAGCGAGGGGAGUUCUCAAGGCAGAUUGACUCAAAGUUAGGAAGCAGCUUCUCAACUGUAGCAUUUGUAAUUGUCGUGGCUACUUGCACCAUACUAGCAAUGAUCGCGACUGUACCGCUUGCUCAACUUCUGUGCUUCCAUAUUCUUCUUAUCAAGAAGGGAAUUAGUACAUAUGAUUACAUCAUAGCUUUGAGAGAGCAAGAGGAAGAUCAGCAAGAAGAGGUUGCUGGUCACCAAAGUCCGCAGAUGUCUAUCAUUAGUUCUGUUACUGGAUUUAGCACAGCAAGUUCUUUUGGUCCUCUUCAUCGUGGUUCAUGGUGCACUCCACCACGAUUAUUCCUUGAAGAUCAGUUUGAUGUCAUCCCUCCGGAGAUUGGCAUGUCACAGAACCCUGGAAGCAAGAAGAUGAAGAUACCGGAAGGAGCAAGAAGAAGAAAUGGAACGGUAAAAAUCAGCCCCUGGACACUGGCACGCCUCAACGCCGAGGAAGUGUCAAAGGCAGCCGCCCAGGCAAAGAAGAAAUCCAAGAUUCUGAAGCCUAUUGCAAGACAAGACCCUCCGAUCAUCCAUGACAACAGGAGGGGGCGAUUCCCUGCCGAACUCUCUCUCGAUCCCCUAGCAAGGCUAUCCGCAAGCGGCACCGAGAGCAACUUCAGCGAUGCGGCAAUGGAAGCUUCUGCCAGUCUAGCCCCACUGCAGCUCGAAGCGAGGAGCGCUUUCCAACCAAGCACCGCGGCAUCCUCCAGAAUCGCCGUCUCAUCGUCUGAGAGCAGCUUCGAUUCACCUGAUCUCCACCCAUUUCGAGUUUCUUCAUGCACCGCCGACGAAAUGCUGGGAGUUAUUACGCCGCAUGCGGCUCAGAGCCACAUCGAGUUCACAAGAUCGACGAGCGACGGGUAUGAGGCGUCGGGAGGCGAAGACAGUGACCGCAUCCCGUCGAGAAUCGUGCACAGAUCGUCCAACUGGGCUAACUCGCUUCUGCAUUCCGGUCAGGCUGGACCGGCGCCUGACCAGCACAUGCCAUUGUCUGAAGGGUUUCUUAACAACAGCAGAUCAGGCUAG